AUUUGAAGUACUUCUGGUACAAUCGAAGUAAUACCGAGUCAGUGAAUCAAAAGAAAAUAAUCGACUAUGAGACGGGAUUUCUGUAUCAAAACCCAUGGAUUUCAAAACGUCGCACUUAAGACUGAGAAUUUUCAAUCUCGAGUUUUUAUAAACCGUUUUAGCUUUAAAUUAAUACUAGUCUCAUAUAGCCGAAAAGUCAAGGAGAUGAAUUAGCAAUAAUCAGUAAUUAUGCAAGGCAAUUUUAAUAAUUAUUGUUUGACAGUUCAUUUGUGAAUGUCGAUUUAAAUUCAGAUAACCUAGCGUUGCCUUGAGAAGCAGAAAAUUCCCAAAAUGAUUUGACGAUUGUAGAUACGAGAGUGUGAUGUUCGAAUUAAUAUUUCUACGUUUGUAAUAAAAGUAUUAUUGCUAAUGAUUUCUCUUCAUUUGUGAUAAGAUUCGCCUGCUGGUGAGCGUGCAAAGGAUAUUCAUGAUAAUAAUGAAGAGAGUAAAGAUUGGAAUUGAAGAGAGAAUUUAAUACCGAAGCAUACUGAUAGAGAAUUUAUUUUAGUAAUGAAAUGAGGAAAUUGAUGACUAAUUAAUAAGAUGUAUGCUAUGUGAUUGACGAGCAGACGAUCUGACCAGAGACUGAGAGAGAAAUGCUUAUUAAUAAUCACUAGGGGAGAGUAUGAUGAAAUGGCCAUCGAAUUACCAAAAAGGUCUGAGCGCCUUUCUCCCAUAAUUUAAUAAUGAUAUUUAAUUUUGAAUUUUAUUUUACCCAUUGAACUUAUCUGAAGAGCAAAGAGAUCAUUACGACGUAAGGUUUCUUGGGAGUCCGUCCAGUGGCGCAACUGUGACCCCAACAAGUAGUUCAACCCCAGACAUUGAGAAAUUGUUUAAUGAUCACUUGAUCAGUCAUACUGAGGUUCUCAACAAGGACGGAUUUCAAAUAUUCAAUAUCAUUUGUACUAUUAAUUGAACUUGUUGUAAAAAUACUCGUAACACUUCUAUCAUGUAUAUUUUCAACGUGAAAAUUAUAUUUUUAUUUUUUCUAAUAAACGAUUAUCAGUACACGAGGGUUUUUGGAUUGAUACCAGUGCCAGUUGUAUUGUGGCAUGGCAUGGGAGACAGCUGUUGUUUUUCCUUCAGUCUAGGACAGAUUAAAACAAUAAUAGAAGAAGAAAUACCUGGUGUUUAUGUGAAAUCUGUUAGAAUUGGAGAUGAUGUAGUGGAGGACGUGAAGAACAGUUACUUCAGGAAUGUGAAUGACCAGGUCAGGGAAGUUUGUGAGGACCUCGCGAAUGAUGAGAUGUUGCAGGAUGGAUACAAUGCCAUUGGUUUCUCUCAAGGAGCACAAUUUUUACGGGCUGUAGCUCAGAGGUGCCCUGCUCCUCAGAUGAAGACAUUAAUUUCUUUGGGUGGACAACAUCAAGGAGUUUAUGGAUUACCUAAUUGUGGAUCCAUGGAGCAUCGACUCUGUGAUUAUCUGAGACGAGCCUUAAAUUACGGAGCCUAUCUGAGAUUCAUUCAAAAUAGAUUCGUCCAGGCUGAAUACUGGCACGAUCCCUUGAAAGAGGAAGAGUACAAGAAAAAAAGUGUAUUUUUAGCUGAUAUCAACAAUGAAUUGACAAUUAACGAGAUGUACAGAAACAACUUGAAAGCCCUUAAAAAAUUAGUUCUUGUUAAAUUCUCCAAUGACACGAUGGUUCAACCACGUGAGAGCGAGUGGUUUGGAUUUUACAAGCCUGGUCAAGCAAUCGAGCUCCAGACCUUGCAAGAAUCUGCGCUUUACACAGAGGACCGUCUGGGGCUCCAGGACAUGGACAACAACGGUCAGAUCGACUUUCUAUCAAUCGAAACAAAUCACCUGCAGUUCACCGACCACUGGCUGAAGGAAGAAAUAAUUAAAAAAUAUCUCAUCUAAACUACAAUCCAACAUACUCUUACCAAAUUACCUGAAUGAUCCUACGAUACUCCAAUACUUCCACAAUUUUUUUUAUAUUGCUCUAUAAUUUUCAAAUAGAAAUUGAAAACCUUGAUACGUUA